AUGGAAGAGAUGUCUACUGAAGAGAGCGAUUACGCCGACUCGUGGAUAUCUUGGUUUCUAUCGACCAAAGGAAAUGAAUACUUUGCGGAAGUGGACGAAGAUUACAUAUUUGAUAGAUUCAACCUGACUGGUUUGAACAGCGACGUAGUGGCCGAGUAUCCUAAAGCAUUGGAUUUGAUUACUGAUUCUUUGGACGACGAAGCUUUAGAUGAUGAUACUCGAGAAACUAUCGAACAUUCCGCUCGAUUCUUAUAUGGCCUCAUUCACGCGAGAUACAUUGUGACAUCCCGUGGUUUAGCCAAAAUGCUCGACAAAUUCCGUAAAGCAGACUUUGGUCGUUGUCCUCGUGUCUACUGCUAUUCCCAACCACUUCUCCCCGUCGGCCUCUCAGACAUCCCAGACCAAAAAGCCGUCAAGCUUUACUGUCCGCGGUGUGAAGAUAUCUACUCUCCAAAGUCUAAUCGGCAUGGAACUAUCGAUGGAGCUUUCUUCGGUACCACCUUCCCACACAUGCUAUUGAUGGUCUACCCUCAGGCUAUACCUACGAAGGGGCAACCUGUGGGUGCCACCACUGGCGGUUUGAUGGAUCUACGAGGGGUUCAAGCUGUCAGAGAGGGUGGUAUCGUCAGUGGUGUUGGAGGCGUGGGAACUCUGGGGAGUACGGCCAAUGUGGCCCUGAAGGCGGAUACUUAUCAACCGAGAUUAUUUGGGUUUAGGGUGCAUGAGGAGGCGAGAUUGGCAAGAUGGAGACAGGCUCAACGGGAUCAACAAAUAGCUAGGUUGGAAGCUAUAGAAAAGGAACAAAAUCCUUCAUCAAUGUAA